UGGUAGCAAGUGGUUGUGCGUGGUUCGCGCGAGUGUUGGUGGCGUUUCAGUGAAAUUAUUAUACAAUUUGUAUACCUACCCAAACAAAACACACUUAUACACAUUUACGCGCAUACACACACGCAUUUGCUGCGCGACACCCUGAAACCAUAUCCAAAGGCUUUUCGAAACCCCACCAACACCUAACAGCAACAUAUACGAAGAAUAUGGCUCCCCUGCCCCGUGUUGACAUUGACAAGCCGAAAUUCGAUCAGAGCAACUAUGUGGGACGUGCCAAGCAUUUCUUUCUAGUCACCAAUCCGCUCAACAUAUUCGCCACCAAUGCGCAGUUGGAACGGGCGCGUCAAAUUGUCCUGAAAUAUCGCGCCGGCAAGGAUGUUCCCGAGUGUGCCACCAUCGAGGAUAUAUGGAAGGCCAAGUAUCUGUACGAUUCUGCAUUUCAUCCGGAGACGGGCGAGAAGCAGUUGAUCAUUGGACGCAUGUCGGCUCAGAUGCCCAUGAAUAUGCUGAUCACCGGCUGCAUGAUGACCUUCUACAAGUCCACGCCGGCCGUUGUCUUCUGGCAAUGGGUGAAUCAAACGUUCAAUGCCAUAGUGAAUUAUACAAACCGAUCGGGCACAUCGCCCAUUAGCAAUCAACAACUAAUUACCUCUUACUGUCUGGCCACUGGAGGUGCCCUCGGAACAGCACUAACGCUAAACCAUAUGGUGAAGAACAUGAAUCCAUUGGUAGGACGUUUAGUACCGCUGGCAGCUGUAGCCUCAGCGAAUUGCAUCAAUAUACCUUGCAUGCGUAUGCAGGAGCUGCGCAAUGGCGUUGUUCUGGUCGAUGAGAAGAACAACGAGGUGGGCAUAUCGACAAAGGCAGCUUUUGUGGGCAUUUCUGCUGUGGUGGCCAGUCGUAUAUUUAUGGCCAUGCCAGGAAUGACGCUAACACCUCUUUUGGUUAACACUCUCGAAAAGCGGGGAUUUUUCAAGAAGUAUCCACGCGCUAAUGCGCCCCUACAAACCCUUUUCUGUGGUUUUGUGCUUCUCUUCGCCACGCCAUUGGGCUGCGCUUUCUUUAGUCAGCGAGCGGCCAUCAAAGUCGACAGCCUGGAGCCUGGAGUGCGUGAAGAUAUAAAGAAGAAACGUCCUGAACUGGGCACCGUUUGGUACAACAAGGGCUUGUAAGCCUAAAGAAAUGAACGAGCUUAGCUGAGAUCGAGGCCAGUCUGGGAAGUUGACAAUAAUUUUUAUUUUGCUUUCGUUAUUUAUUUGUUGGACUCAAUGUGCAUUUAUGAGCAUUUUUUUUAAAAAACGCGCACACACACUUACAUUUAUAUCAAUCAGAUAUGAAGAGAAGACAUUGUUGUGUAGUAUAAUUGUUGAAAAUCAAUACAAACAUAAGUACCAAUGCACGCAUGUUAAUAUAAGCAGAUAAUA